AUGGAUCCCUACGAGCUGGAUCCAGACUGGGAUGACGUCGUACCGAUACCUCAGAUCGAGCCCGAGGGAGCGCUUGCCGCUAUUGCGUAUCCGGAUGAAUAUUCUGAGGCUAUGUCCUACCUCCGUGCCGUUAUGGCAGCGAAAGAGUAUUCACCCCGAUGCCUCAGACUAACCGAGCGCAUCAUAUCCUUAAACCCGGCACACUAUACCGUCUGGCUGUACCGGUUCUCUAUUGUACAGGCUCUAAACAUAUCGAUCCUAGACGAAAUCGACUGGCUCAACGAAGUCUCUCUCGCACACAUCAAGAACUACCAGAUUUGGAACCACCGGCAACAGCUGAUGGAACACUACUACCCGACGAUCGUGACGGUGCCCUCAGAGGUAGCCGACCUAGCUAACAGCGAGCGGAAGUUCCUAGAGAAGAUGCUCCGGCUAGAUACGAAGAAUUACCACGUAUGGAGCUACCGGCAGUAUAUAGUGCGCAAGCUGGGGAUAUGGGGCGACGCCGAGCGGCAGAGCAUAGAGACCCUGAUCCACGAGGACGUACGGAACAACUCAGCCUGGUCGCACCGCUUCUUCGUCGUAUUCUCAGACCCGGCGUACGCGACACCCAACUCGCACGCCACGGAGCACGACCCGAAGAUACCGGAUGAUGUCGUCGACCGCGAAAUCAAGUACGCCCAGCAGAAGAUCGAGCUCGCGCCGCAGAAUCAAAGCCCCUGGAAUUACCUCCGCGGGGUGCUAGUCAAGGGAGGCCGGAAGUUGGUGACCGUAGGGGAUUUUACAGAGCAGUUUGUUACGAAGCUAAGCGAUGCGGAAGCAGAGGAGGUUCGGAGUUCGCAUGCCUUAGACUUGCUAGCAGAUAUAUACAAAGAGACAGGGGAGCUGGAAAAAGCGGACUUGGUACUUAGACGGCUAGGCGAUAAGUGGGAUCGCAUUCGGCGCGGGUACUGGGAGUACAGGCGGAAGCUACUAAAGGAGGACCAGCGUUAG